ACGACAUUCACAAUCCGUCCAGCUCGUCGGCUUCAUCGGCAUCCGGUGUUGACCGAAGUAAACGGAAAAAAGCACGAAAGCGCAGAACAAGGAAGAUCAACAAAGGACGUGGUGGGGAUCAGAUUCAGAGCGCAUCUGCAGCAAGCGUUGUUCUUGGAGUGGGAGUGGGUACUAAAACUAAAGGCAGUACAGGUGCAGGUACAGACAGUGAGCAGUUGA